CCGAUCUCUAGGCCAACGAUGAGUGCGUUUUGGGCAGUUUGCGAACCCGUAUGAAUGUGUCAUCGAGUGAAAAAGGUUGAGGGAUAAUGGAAAGCAGUAACUGGGCACGUGUAACAUAGAUUUAUGGAUGUUAAGGUUAGGGCAUUGGCGUCAACAAAGCGUUUUGUUUAAGUUUCGUGAGUCACUGGAGAGGAAGUUGCGUGAAUUGUGAUCCUGCCUGGACUGAGUUCGAGUAUAUAAGGGACAUGAAGUCUUCUCCCGGAUUGAUUUAGUUUUGUCAUCACACAUAAUUAUCGAUCAAGAUGGACUAUCCCGCCCCCAGAAUCUACCCGCCCAUCGCGAUGGACACUCAACAGCCCGUUAUUUGCAUCAGAUAUCGCGCCGCCUGGCCUUCCCUUCCACGACUGCCCCUAGACGUUUCACGAGCGCAACUACCAUCCAGUAUCUACGAUCGACAAGGCGAGAUCUUCGACCGAGUUGAGAAAAUCCUCCAGAAGAACAAAAUCUCAGGGCCAGAGACUGAAAUCGAACUGGUCGUACGUCGAACGAACCCAACUGUCUUGAUCAAGUCACCAUGGAAGCAAGACAGCAAGACAAAGUGGGCGCAAACGGUCGAACAAAUCGUGGAUGCCAUGAAAAAACACUUCCAAAGCGCAAUCCACAGAGGUCUCCACGUUGAGAUGAUAGCACCGGAAAACUACGAGACGGUGUACAUCGGCGUUGUCGAGGAAGAUUUACCAUGGGACGACAUUCGUGCUGUUGCGAAGCGCCAUCUCGACUCCUCCAAUGCAACACGCGAUCAUUUAAGCACUCUCGCCCUCACCAGAAGGGGCUUCUCCAAGCCCGAAGACAACCCUAUCACCGUGUACAUUGGAUGCCUUGAAGAGUCUGACGAGACCAAGUGGGAUGGUAUCAUUGAUGGUAUUGAGUCCGAGUUUCGUGAGAGGGGGUGGAUGGAUAUUGUGGUUCAUAUUGAGCACAAUUGGCCAUUCACUGGGAAGACUGUUGAUUAGAAGAUAUGGCUUAGCAUCAGGGAUACGAAUACUGCGGGAGACGACACAGGAGCACGUUCAGUCAGAGGGUGGUUGAUGGUGGAAUCCCACUUGAGUUUCCGUCGAGAGAAGUCAACUUCGAG